AUGGCACCCAAAACAAAAAUUGUUCUAGUCGGUUCAGGUAUGAUUGGAGGUGUUAUGGCCACAUUAAUUGUUCAGAAGAACUUAGGAGAUGUUGUUAUGUUUGACAUUGUUAAGAACAUGCCCUAUGGAAAAGCAUUAGAUACAUCUCAUAUGAAUGUAAUGGCUUAUUCAAAUUGCAAAGUGACAGGAUCAAAUUCAUAUGAAGAUUUAAAAGGUGCAGAUGUAGUAAUAGUAACAGCAGGAUUUACAAAGGUUCCAGGAAAGAGUGAUAAGGAAUGGAAUAGAGAUGAUUUACUACCAUUGAACAACAAAAUUAUGAUAGAAAUAGGUGGUCAUGUAAAAAAUUAUUGUCCAAAUGCUUUUAUAAUAGUUGUUACAAACCCAGUUGAUGUAAUGGUGCAGCUGUUACAUAAACAUUCAGGUGUACCAAAAAAUAAAAUUGUAGGUUUAGGAGGUGUUCUAGAUACAUCUAGGCUUAAAUAUUAUAUAUCACAAAAAUUAAAUGUUUGUCCAAGAGAUGUAAAUGCACUUAUUGUUGCUGCACAUGGUAAUAAAAUGGUUCCUUUGAAAAGAUACAUAACUGUUGGUGGUAUUCCAUUACAAGAAUUUAUUAAUAAUAAAAAAAUUACCGAUGCUGAAUUGGAUGCCAUAUUUGAUAGGACUGUAAAUACAGCACUGGAAAUUGUUAACUUACAUGCUUCACCAUAUGUUGCUCCAGCUGCUGCUAUUAUUGAAAUGGCUGAAUCAUAUAUAAAAGACUUAAAAAAAGUAUUAAUAUGUUCUACUUUAUUAGAAGGACAAUAUGGACACAGUGAUAUUUUUGGAGGUACACCCCUUGUUUUAGGAGCCAAUGGUGUUGAACAGGUUAUCGAGUUACAGUUAAACAGUGAAGAGAAAAAAAAAUUUGAUGAAGCUAUUGCUGAAACGAAGAGAAUGAAGGCUUUAGUGUAA